AUGUCAGUACUCACUUAUCGUAAGUGAAAGCAGGGUAUGAAUACCGUUUGAAAUAAUUUGGUAGCACUGUCGCAUACUGUCAGAAUCUCAAAUUUUGUUUGUCCCACUACUUCCCGGCAGGUUUAUUUUGUUUGUCGUAUAAGUGAAGUAAAAAUGAAUAAUUCUCUGAACGUUGUGGCUUUAUCCAUGUUAACAGACAGAAGCAGCGAUUUGCGACGGUUGCAAGAUGAAAAAGAGAUCAAUGAAAUAUUGGAUGUUAUUUUUGCCAGCUCCAGUUCAAGUUCUUCAGAGGAAUCCGAUUUUGAACAAGAUAUCGAAAAAAACAGCUUUGAAAUCACAAUUGCGGAUAUGAGCGAUGAGGAGUUUAAACGCCAAUUUAAAAUUGAACGAAAAACGGCGGAAAAAAUCAUAUCGAGAUUUUCACAAUCUAAGUUUUUGCCCAAUCAGAUAAAUGGUGGAAGAAAUCGCAUCGGUGAUAGAAAGUCAGUGUUUAUGUAUGUCUGGUAUGUUAUUAGCACGGUGAGUUAUAGAGAAUUAUCAGGCUUGUUUGGUGUAUCUGCCUCGGUCGCAUGGUGUACCGUUCGUUCUGUUACAGAAUUCCUAAUUUCAAUAAGUCACGAAUUUGUGAAUUGGCCUCGAGGAAAGGCUGCACUUGAGUCUAUGGAAAAGUUUCAAAAUAUACAAAACAUACCAGGCGUGAUUGGUGCAAUAGAUGUUAUCUACAUUCCUAUCAGAGCUCCAAAGUUGCAUAAAGGAGAUUAUUUAAAUCAUAAAAAUAAAUAUAGUAUCGCAUUGCAAGCUGUUGUAGAUGCCGAUAAAAAGUUUAUCGAUAUUACUUGCGGAGAGCCGGGAUGUUUACGUGGCCAGGGUGUUUUAGAAAAAUCUAACUUAGAUAAACGUGCAAAGGAGCAUUAUGAUGAAUUAUUUCCUAAUUCAUCUUUUGUUAUAGGAGAUUCUGCUUAUUCGAGUACAAAUUGGCUUGUGCCACCAUUCAAGAACAACGAGCUUUUAAGUGUGUCUCACAAAAAAUUCAAUGAAAAACAUUCACAGACACGCAUUGUAGUGGAGAAUGCAUUCGAGUUGCUUAAAACUCGCUUCCAAAGACUAUCCAAAUUCACGGAACAAACUAAUUUGCCUGUAAUAACCAACAUAGUGGCUAGCACUUGUGUUUUGCAUAAUAUUUGCUUAUCUAUGAAUGAUUUUUGGGAACCCACUGAGGUGAAUUGCUCCAAAGAAAAUGAUGAAAGUGAUGAAGACUGUGAGGAAGAACAGGAAGAGUUCGAAGAACAGGAAAAUGAAUUGAAGAAUUCAAUCAAUCGGAGAGAUCAACUUUUUAAAUAUUUAAAGAAAGAAAAAAUUAUUUAAUUUAUUUUUAACAAAAAAGAUAUUCAUAAUAAUUUCUGUUUAUAUAAAUAAUUAUUUAAUAACAUGUAGCCUUAGUCUUAAGAUGUAAGC